AUGACAACCGACUGGGGAGCGGUGGAGGAGGAGCAGGCAGGGCUCUACCAGUGUUCCCGAUGUCGACGCCGCUAUCACCGUACGGAGCACCUGGCGCGCCACGUACGAUCUGUGCAUACCAAGCAGCGGCCAUAUACCUGCAGAACUUGUGGGAAGGCAUUUGGGAGGUUGGAUGUUUUGAAGAGACACGAAGCCAACACGCAUAGUGAUGAUGGGCCUCCGGUGGCGGUGGGGCAGGGUGAUGAUACAUUGUUGCCGGGGGAGGUAGAGGGCAGUGAGAGGGUUAGCCAGGCGUGCGGGUCGUGUAAGACGGCCAAGGUGAAGUGUUCUGAGAGAAAGCCGUGCUCGAGGUGUGUUGGGAGGGGCCUUUUGUGUGUAUUUGAGGUGGUGGAUUGUGAGGAUGUAAGGCCGGAGUCGCCAGAGGUCUAUACGCAACCGGGUCUUGGUGCUGAAGAUACAUGUACCCUCGACGAGACGACGCCGGCGGUGGUCGAGGACUUUUCUUUUGGUGCGGAGUGGGACCUCGCGAUGACGGACUUGUCGUACCUCCAGACUCACUUCGAUGCGGCUGAGACGGAUGGUUUGGAGUUCGUCGUGUCUGGUGCGGAGAGGCAAGACGGCAACAACAAUGGCGGUUUGUCUCCGUCGCCCCCGAUGACGCCGGAAGGCCGCGAGACGGUGUCGGUGACGGGGUCGUGGGAGCCGCAGAGUAGUGAGAACAGCGAGAUGGAAAGGGCUCAUCUGGCCGCGGAUGAGGAGAGCUUGAGGACAGGCGGGACGCCGCAGACGCCGGGGACACCAAUCUUUGGCUGUGGUGGUGACGGUAGUUGUAGUGGUGUUGUUCUAUCCCUGUCGGCGGCGGCGCGGAACGCCAUCGUCUGCAUGAUUCUCCACAACACCUCCCGCGCCAACGCCGGGCCCGUUUUGGCUGCUUUCCCGUCGGCGGGUGCCCUUGACGCGCUUUUGGGGGUGUAUGCUCGCGAGUGUUGGGGGGCGUCGGCGGCGAAGCCCGAGAUCAACGACAUGGUGCACCUGCCGACGCUGCGUCUCGAACGCCAGAGGCCAGAGUUAUUGGGUGCCUUGGUUGCUAUGGGGGCCAUCAGGGCCGGGUCGGCAGUGGCGAGGAAAUUCGGAUUUGCUAUGCAGGAGGUUGUGAGAGUGUCUUCUUUUCGCAGCUGGGAGGAGAACAACGCCGACUUUUGCGACAUCAGCCUCUCGCAGGGCUUCUUCCUACAGCAGCACACUGCCUUCUUCAGCGGCGUGCGGCGUAAGGUCGCCUUUGCGGAGGCCUGUUCAGGAUGCAUGCAGAUCCUGAUUAAGAACGGCGGUCAUCUCCACGGGGCGAUGGAGCCCGAUCACGACCGCUAUGAGCUCAGGAAUGUUGUCGGCCUGGAUGAUCGGUCCCUCGAGGAUGUAUGGCACCGGUGGUCUAUCCGCGAGGCGCAGCGGAGGCUUGUCUAUGCGGCGUACAUUAUGGACAGCCACGUCGGCAUGGCACACGGGACCCGAUUCACGUCGAGGUACGAGGACAUGAGGAUUCCGUUUCCUGCGCCGCGGAGGUUGUGGAGAGCGGAGUCAGCGGUGCGGUGGAGGGAGGAGAUGAUCCGUCUACUACCAGGGUCUUGCUCCCCCUCCGCGUCGUCGCUGCCGCCGCCGGCAUUGUCUCUGAGGGAGCUGACGGGUGAUCCGACGCUGAUUGCAAGACCUCAUUACCGCGGUCUGGUUGACGAGAAUUUUGUUACUCUGGGCUUCUAUGCCGGUCUCUGGGUGCUCGUGGAAGAGUGCCGUCAGCUGAGGGCCAUCAGCGCCGGAGGGCGGGCGAGCGGGCAAUGGAGCGCCAUGAUUCUGUCCUCGCGACGGCUGGAGCUCGGUUCGAUGCUGAAGCUCUUUGAGACGUCUUUGAUGGCUGCGGGGUGGGAGAGGUCUCCUGGGGCGGAGGUCAUGUCUGAAGUUCUACAUAUGUACAUCUCGACGUCGCUGGAUGGAUCUGAGCUACGCGAUGUUUCUGUAUCGUCGAUGCCACCGCAGCUGCAGCCGCAGCCGCAGCCGCAACCGAACCACGAUGGGGACUUGAGAAACGGGGUUGAGGGCCCGGAGCACCGGAGUGCGUUGUGGAGAGCAGGGCGGGUCCUUCGCGCCGCGCGGCAUUGCUCGCCCGGGACGCUGUGCGAGGUCUACGUUGUUGCUGUUCGUCAUGCUGCUGUUCUUCUUUGGCGGCAUGGGAGAUUGAUGUCUUUGCGGGGAACUACAACAGCAACAGCAACAGCAACAGCAACAGCGGCGGUGGGGUAUCUCGGGACGGGAUGUGAUGUGAGGGCGUGCGUGGUGUUGGAUGGGGAUGAUGAUGUGCAGGAGUAUCAGGUGCUGAGCAGGAACGUCCGUCUCGCGCUGCGGGGGAUCAGGACCGGGACCGGGACCGGGACGGAAGCGGAGCCUGUGGCGCUUGAGGAUACGGCGGGCACGAUGAGGGUGGUGAAGGGGGUUGUUGAGGGCAAUUGGAGGGGGCUGAGGGUGCCUCCUGGUGUGGAGGAGGUUUGUUGUGUGCUGGAUGGUCUUGCGAAAGUGAAGUAG